AUGAAAAUUAUAUAAAUUAAUUAUUUUGAAAAUAUGCUGAUAUUUUUUUCACUAUUUUCCCUUUCAUUUGGAUACUUUAUCUACAAACCAUUCACAACUGUAUAGGUAAAUAAUGGGUUUUAAUUAUUAGUCUGGGCCUUGCGAUACGUAAUCUAAUAUUUUGUAAAUACCAAACAGCCUUCUGGGUCCAGCCUAUUCAUCAUUUACAGUUGCAGGUUGGUUCAAAAAAGAUUCAUCAACAAGCACCUCUAAAAACCUCCUUUUCUUAAUUGGGCCAGAUACCAAUAAUUAUGCGUACAUUAAGUGAAUUAUAAAAUAGGAAUUUUCAUCUGGCAGCCACUCUAAAUGAAUAGUUUAAAGUUCAGAGUUGUUAUACGACGAAGGAUUGCAUGACAUUAGAAACUUCUGAGUUAAUGAUAACUGAUGUUGAUAACAGAUGGAUCUAUGUUUUGGUUUCAAUAAAUUUAACUAAAAAACUAUUAUAUUACAAAUUAGUAACACAUUCAGAUACACUACCCAGAAUUUACAUAUAUUCUUCAGCCUUGGAACUUAAAACAAUUUCAACUUUUACUGAUUCAACAGGAAUAGUCAUUAAAAAUAAAGUAGUAAGUCUCUUCAACUUCAAUGGAUUUUGUGGUAAAUAUAAAGAAUUUACUUAUUACGGCAAUCUUUAUACAGAAACAACUAGAUAAGCAUAUAAUUUUGAUGUAGAAUACAUCACUUAUUGGAUGACAUUACUUCCAUCAACUACAUCGGCAUUAAACUCUUUAUCAUCAAGUUAAGAUGUUGGAGAUUUAAAGAAUGGUGUAACAUUUGAUACCAAAUGGGGUUGGUAAUUCUAAAAAGGUCAAUAUGCUCAAUUUAAUAAUUUGAGAAGUAGUUUUGGGGACAAGUUUAUGAUAUCAGUGAAUGUUUACAUCAUGAAUACAAAUAGUGAAAUGAACUUUAUAUACAGAGUUGACCAGAAUUCGAAUCCAUUAGUUUAGAUAAGAUUUAUUUCUUCUUCGUCAACCUUCAAUGUUUAAGUAUAGGUUGGAGGAGUAGUUGGAGAAUCUCAUGGUUAAUUGUCCGCUCCUCUGAACCAAUGGAUUCCAAUAUUGAUUUCUGUUUAUAACAAUUUAAAUUUUUAUCCAGAUAACGCUAAUCCAGGUAUGGCAUUAUUUGACAUUACAACACCUACAUUUUAGGAAUACGGGAAAAAAUCAUUUAAAGUUUAUAGUGAUUCUUUAUCAGAUCAAUAUUUUAUUGGAGAUUAUCCAACAACGACUGUUUGGAACAAUGAUGCUUCUAAAUAUUUCAAAUACGCUAAUAUUAGAAUAUUCAAAGGGUAUAACUAUCAAUUUUACAGUUCUCCAGGCACGAAAUCAUGCGUCAUAGAGGUUGGGGAGUUAUACCCUAUAUGCAUAGCUUGCAAAGGAACUCCAGAUCCAUAUAACAUGUGCAAAGAGGCAGGAACAUAAAAUAAUCCUUCUACUUUAAUUUCUUCUGAUUUACUCUAAUGUCCUUAAGGGCAAUAUUUCUCCUCGCCAUCUUGUUUAGUCAUCAAUGUUGAUAAUUGUUUAAGAGGUUCUAAUGUUAACACUUGUACGUAAUGUGUUGUGGGUUCAACAUUAAGUAGUAACAAAUGUUCUGCCCUAACAAUUGCAACUCAUUGUUUGACAGGAACAUAUGAAUGCAUUAGUAAAUAUAGUGGAGAUUUCAGUACUAUAAAUACAUCUUCUUCUAUAAGUUUAAAAUGCAAUAGCAAAUAUUAUUUGGAUAAUUCGCAAUGCUUAGCUUGUGAUACUAGUUGUAAUUCUUGUAUUAAUGGUACAUCGUGUGUAGAUUGCCCUGCUAAUUAAUAUUUGCUUAAGGCCACUUAAUUAUGCAGUUCUACUUGUGAUACAAUUUAUAAAGACACUGAUAAGAUGAGUUGCAUUGACGGCUGCGAAGUAUAUCAAGUAGUGACUGAUGAUCUUAAAUAUUGCAGCAUGAAAUGCCCGAAUGGAUAUAAAUAAUAUUUGUAAACAUGCUUAUCAUCAUGUCCAUAAAAUACUUUUAAUGAAAAUGGUAUUUGUAAAAGUUGCCAUAGUAAAUGUUAUGAAUGUACUGGAAGCUCAAAUAAAGAAUGCACGAAAUGCAAUUUUGGCUAUUACUUCUUAUAGAAUAUCUGCGAAGACUUUUGUGCUGAUGCUAAAAAGUUUGCUAAUUAAAUAGAAAAUGAGUGCACGGACACCUGUUUAGCUCCUGGAGUUUAAUACGGAAUGUAGUGCUUAUAUACAUGUCCAACAAACCAAUUUGAGGAUUCUCUCAAUAAAUGUGUUAUGUAAUGUCCUGAUGGUUAUGUUGCUGUGGAGAAUGUAAUUACAGUAACUUUAAAAUUCACUUCAUAAUCUAAAUCUUUUAACGGUUUUGUUUGUCAACAAUGUGCUACUGGAUGCCUCACAUGUGAUAAUGUUGACUAACCAGGAAUAAGUGAAAAUUGCAUAAAAUGUGUUCCAGGUUAGUUUUUAGUUGGUCGAAACUGCGAUGUUUCUUGUCCAGUCGACUAUCCUUUAGAAGAUUCAUUAAAUUAAAGAUGUUUGACAGCAUGUCCUCCUUAAUUUUAUCAAUACAACAGUACAUGUGUUUUGAAAUGUCCAAAUGGAUCCUAUGCCUACGAACAAAAAUGCUAAGGCACAUGUCCUGAUGGAACUUAUCCAGAAGUAACUAAUAAUGGUUGUUUGUUAUGUGCUAAUGAAUGUAAUAAAUGUAGUGAGGGUGGACCAUCUAAUUGCAUAGAUUGUAAAGGUGGUUAUUAUUUAUAUGAUACAAUUUGUGUUCAAAUUUGUCCAAGCGAUAGAAAAUAUCACAAUACUGUAACAUUCAUAUGUGAAUCUACAUGUCCAAAUUACUACUUAGAUGAUGGUACUACUUUUGAAUGCUACGAUUAAUGUCCAGCCAAUUUUAAUGUAGAUGGAUAAAAAUGCACAUAUUAUUGUUCAUUAGGAAAAUAUUUAGACGUAGACACAUGCAAAGUCUGUGAUCCUAAAUGUUCUCGAUGUGAUGAUGGAACAAAUUAUAAUUGUUCCAAAUGUUCAGCCAAUUACUAUCUAGAUGGAAGAACUUGCUCAUUAACCUGUGACGAAAAUCCAACCUAUUAUAGAAGUGAUUACGGUUAUGUUUGCGUUGAAAAAUGCCCUGGAACUCUUCUUAUGGUUGAUUCACUUAAGAAAUGUGUAGCUGUUUGUCCAAAUACUCAUUUAAAAUAUUAAGACCAUUGUUUAUUACAAUGUCCCAAAGGGUACUACCCUGAUGUCAACUUAAAAUGUUAGAUUUGCCCAUAAGAAUGCAUUGAAUGUUCUUCAGAUACAUCUUGCUCAAAAUGUGCAGCUAAAUAUUUCUAAUAAGGAACAGAAUGUCUAAGAACUUGUAAAAAUAAUUUUUAUCAAAAUCUCGUCAAUUAUCAGUGUGAGGCCACUUGUAGUAAAUUGGUGAAUAAUGAUGGUUUAGGCAAUUUGUAAUGUUUGGAUGAAUGUCCAAAUACUAAAGUUAAACAUUAAGGUCAAUGUAUUUAUGAUUGUCCUGAUGGGUAUUAUAAGAAUGUUGUAGAUAAAAUAUGUUCUAAAUGCUCAUUAGAAUGCAAGACUUGUAAUGGUGGAACAAACGAAGAUUGCAUAGAAUGUCAAACUGGCUUUGAAAGAAAGGAAGACUUUUGUAUCGGUAUUUGUCCAGUCGGAACAUUCUUAAAUUAAGUAUCCUGUGAUUCAUGCGCAUUUAGAUGUAUCUCAUGUCUAGAAUCUAAAUAUAAUUGUAUUCAAUGUAGAGGAGAUCGUCAAAAUGCCCCUUAAUGUUAUUGCUAAACUGGAUAUUAUGAUGACAGAAAGAGUUUGAAUUGCUAAAAGUGCUAACCUCCAUGUGUGACUUGCUAAUCACAAUCGUAUUGCUUAACUUGUUCAUUCAAUCUUGAACCUCCUGAUUGCCUUUGUAAACGUCCACCACCUGUUGUAUCUGAUUAUUGUAUAUCAUGCAAAUUGUCUUUCGCUGAAUCAGUUAGAUUUAGUAGUGAUUUCACUCAAAUUAUCGUAAUUUUUACAUACUCAAUCACUACAAACUCAGAGGAUGCCUACUUCUUUAGCAAAGAGAAUUGUUAACUAUGGUUCAAAAAUACAAAUUUUGGAGAAUCUCCUAUUUGCUAACAGAAUGGAAACAAAUACAUUAUAUAAUUAGGUAAUAACCCUACAAUUAUGCCUAAUGAUGUAAUUGAAUUUAAGGAAAAAGUAUUUAUCGAUAAUAGUCUACAACUAUGUUAAGAUAUAUAUAUUGAAAAGUUUAAUAAUACUCAGUUGGUCUUGUCUACUGCAAUUAUUCCUAAUGUGAUACUCUCAUAUCCAGAAAAUGCAAUAUCCUAUUGUAUGGAUCUUUCCAUUGAAGUUAUCAAGGAAGUAUAUAAUGGAGGCAGAGCAAUGAUCUAUAAUAAAUGGACGACUAAUAGCACAGAGGAGGCAAUCAAUUCUGUAUUAAGUUCGUAUGAUGGAUCUUCAUAUAUCAAAAUACCAGGAGGAACUAUGCUGCCAGACUCAGCUUAUUAUAUCACUGUUAAUUAUUCUAAUUUCUUAGGAUAUAAUAAAACUACAACUUUUAAAGUAAUGACAAAGUCAACUAACCCAUCACUUUUAACUACUUUCGAUGAAACUGCUACAUAUUAUGCUAAUCUUGAGAUAGCAGUCCCCUUUACUAUCUAUUCCUACUCAUGCUCAGGUGGUAAUGUUUAGGAACUAACAGAAAGCUAUCCAGUUUCCUUAUCAAUUAAAUCCAGCACUUCUGGUACAAGUCAGUAUGAUUCUUCUAUUGCGGCAGAUACUGGAGUUGAUACGUCCUUCAAAAUACCUGAAGGUAAGUUAAAAGCCAGUUAAGAAUAUUUAUUAGAUAUUUCUGUUGGAGAUAUAAAACUAAGCAAAAAGUUGAAAAUUGGUAGUAAUUAGCUCUACUCUGAAUUCCUAACAUCAGAUAGAAUAGUUGGAAUCAACCAAUUUAACCUUACAGUCAAUGCUUCAGAUAAUGAUGUUGCUAAAAAUCUAAGCAAAAUUGGUCUCAGUUACACUUGGAAUUGCGUUAAUCUAUUUUACAAUAUUCCUUGUAGAACAACACUUAACAAACCUUUAGUUAUGGGCAAUAAUGAAACCUUAAAUGUUUCUAAUUUACCCUCUGGCUUUGUCUACUAAUUUUCUUGUACAAUAAAAAAAGAAACUCGUUCAGUCACCCUAAAUUAACAGAUCAUAGUUAGCGAUUUGAAUAUGACUGAAUAAAUUUUUAAUACUGAUAUCGGAAAUAAAGACAUUUUAGUUGUCACUGAUAACUUACUUUAUAAUCUAGAUGUCUCAUCCUAUUAUUUAGUUAUUAUUCGAUAUUUCAAAAUAAUAAAGAUUGAAUACAUUGAAAAAUCAGUUCUUCGACUAAAUUUAUAUCUUUAUCUAGGAAAUCUGUAGACAUAGUAAGACAUCAGUGUUAUUGUUGGAGGAACUUUAAAUCGAUAUAAUUUGAGAGUUAAACCAGCUCUAUUCUUGAGCAAAUUAAGUGUUUCACCUACUUCAGGUUAUUCCCUUUCAACAGAGUUUUCAUUAGUUAUCGAUGAUGGAGUAAAAAAUGAAACAGAUUCUACAUAGUACCAAGUUUACAUUUAUAACAAUUUCCAAGAUCUAGAAUGGGAUAUCGGUAAUUUUUCGAAUAACAAUGGAUAUCUAUUAUUAGAUUGGGGAAAAGACAAAACGAUACAAAGUAUUCUCCCUUCGUGUAAAUAUCUUCUAGUUAAAGUAAACAAAGAUGAUUAAUUUGGAAUGAGUUAUGUGGAGGUUACAGUGCAUAAAGCAAAAACUGCAGUUAGUGUAAAAAAUAAUAUUGAAUUUGUUUAUGAUUAUAUAGAUUUCAAUCAAACCAAUCUAGUAUUGGAUUAAAUUGUUAUUAUGGAACUUUAUUUACUAGAAAAUAUCAAAUGCAAUUAUAAUUGUUGGAAUCGGGGAGAAUGCGUUAAUAAAGUAUGUGUUUGUGAUUAGGAUUACUCUACUUUUUCGGAUUGUUCUGGCAUUUUAAAUGAUUAAAAUGUUUGGGAUUAACUUGCCACUAAACUCUACUCAGACUUGUCUUAGGCAGAAUAGUCUUAAGUUGUGAUGAAUUCUCUAUCCCUUCUAUAUUAACUAUCAUAUUUCAAAUCUGUAUUUGAAUUAACAAAAACUGAGUAGUUGUUUUCAUAGAUAGAUACUUUCCUUCAACCUCAAAAUACAGAUACAGGGAUCAUUUCAUAAACCCUGUAAUCUAUUAAUUAUUAAGCAGCCUUUAAAAUUUUAAACUUUUUAUCAUCUCUAAAUAAAUAAUUAUUCACUAAUGAUUCUUAUGUAGGUUAAAUGCAGACAAUUAAUUAAAAAUUAUUUGAUAGUUAUAAUACAUUAAUUUUAUAUACAGGAGAUAUAUUAUUAGAAGGGGAGACACAAAAUUAUACUUCCAGUUCUAUGUCAAUAACGAUAUAAAAAAAAUCUACUCAAAAAAAGAGGCUUUUAGUGACAGAAAAUAAUUAUGUUGAUAGCUAUUUCGAAACAAAUAUUCUUAGACUAUAAAAUAAUUUCCCUUACCCAAAUCAUACUCAAUAACUUUAUUACAAAUCGGAGGGCUAGGUAAGGUAAUAUACUGAGCUAAAAAAAAUAAGACCAAAAUAAAAAGUGUUUGAUUUCAUUUCUGUCGAUACUAAUUUGGUUUGUAUUUUAAGUACAGAUGCUAAAACCUUUGAUGAUACUGGUUGCCAAACUUCAUCAUAAACUCCUCCUAUCACAUGCUCUUGUGAUGCAGGAUACGUAACUUUAGUUGACGAUUACUAGUAUUAUUUUAAACCAUUCUAUUUCGAUCUUAACUUUGUAUUAGAUCGAUUAUACAUACUUUUUGCCUUUGGUGGAUUUUCUCUUCUAAUUUUGAUCUUCUUGAUUAUCGGGCAUAUCAAAGAUUCAAAAGAUAUUGAUACUACUAUUCCAAUUCUUCCAGGAUUCAGCAAAUAGCCUCCUAACAUAAAAAAAGUUUCGGUUUUAAAUAGAGUGAGAAGAGCUCAAAUAAUGCCAAGCGAGGGAGAACCUAAUAGCCCAUCUGAUAGCCCAGAAAAGCCAUAACAGGAAUUGCAAUAAGAAUAGCCAGUUAGAUAGUUUAAUUCUGAAAAUCGAAUUUCGAAUUGCUAUUAGGUAAACAAUUUAUUAGGCGGAAUAUUUUUGUUUAAGAAAAAUUUUGGUCGUAAAUAAAGGUUGCUUAUGUUAAUGAGUAGAGUAAGCAUGAUUACUGGAAUUCUUGGAUUUAUUGUGAAUAUGUAGAUAAUAUAGUUAGAUAAAAUAAUAUUAUUUACAAGUGGAGUAAGUUUGUUGCUUAGAGUAUUUAAUUUAUUAUGUGAAUAUUUAAAUAACAGAGGUUAGAGAAAAAAACAAUGUAUUUACACAUUCUUUAGUUACUUAAUAACAACGCUAUUAUUGUUUGUGGGAUUUUUAAUUUCAACAUUAUCAUACUUUUUAGUUUAUGAUAGACUUGUAAUUUAUUGGGGUAUAGGGCUUGCUUGUACUUUAGUUGCAGAACUUAUUGUGACCGAUUUUAUAUUAUAAUUGGUGUCAUUAUUAAUAGAUUAUAUUAAGUUUAGAAAAUAAAUUGAAGAGGAUGACGAAUAUGAAAAUGAAUACGAACCCAUUCAUUUAGCGAAAAAUCCUGGAGAAAAUGAAGAUGAAAGUAAAUUUGCUUGA